CCCUUUAUAUUAUGUAUAUAUAUACCCCCACACAUGCAACUCUUUCCCUUACAUUACAUUAAACUAUUAAUCCCCACGCUUGUUCAUUUUUCUUUCUGUUUUUGUUUUUCUCUAUCAUGGCGGAGCUAGAAUACCUAGCUGAUAAUACCAAAAGCAACAGAACCACCGCAUGUUUAAAGCUCUUCGGCUUCAACGUCUCGGAAGAUGAUGAUAUUAUGGAUUCCAGCGCCACCAAAGAUCCUUCAUCGGGGUCGUCUUCCGAUCCGGGCGUAUUCGAGGCUUCCGGUGACCGGAAAUACGAGUGUCAGUACUGUUUCCGUGAGUUUGGUAAUUCUCAAGCUUUGGGAGGUCAUCAGAACGCUCAUAAGAAGGAGAGGCAACUGAUGAAGCGUGCUCAACUUCGAGCCUCAAGAAGCGCCGCCGUUUCGUUCGCUAGAAAUCCUAUUAUCUCUGCCUUUUCCCCUCCGCCACAUCUCUUAGCAUGGGCUACACCCGUCGCUGUGCCGGAUGCGGCGGGACCAUCGUGGGUUUACUUGCCUCGAGGAGCUCCACCUCCUUUCCACGUCUCACAUGGUUGCGUGAUCCCAGAUGUUGGUGGAGGUGGAGGUGGUGGAGCGGGGAGAGGGCUGGCGGGUGUACCUUACGGUGGUGGUGGUUUGGGGGAUAACAGCGUCGCCAUUGGUCCACAAGUGAUGCAAGGUGGGGCCCACCACCAUGAGAGGGCGGUUGAUUGGCCGUCGUUGCGUAGGUUUUCAAAUGCAGAUGGCGACCCCAGUUUUGAUGAAGCACUGGGAUUAGAUUUGCACCUUAGUCUUGCUCCGGCCAGGCCUUGA